AUGACACACAUCGCCAGCUGCAUACGGCCCGAUGCUGUCAAGACAUCCGUUUAUAUAACCCAAGAAACAUCCUACAGAAUGAGCGUACACUUGAACGUUUCAAGUGCGCCCUUACUUAAGAGUCCAUCCACAACCGAUAUUCCUCAAGCUGCUUCCCGAUAUCAACUCUGGCCAGCGGCAAAGAGCCCCGUGGGAACUUCAUCUGAAAAGCUAGCUGCUCUAUCUGUCGGCCGUUCCGCUACAUCACUUAGUGACACAGCCAUCCCUACAGAAACCGCACCGUUCUGGCAACGUGCAGGCUCAAUGUCGAGAAGAAGGAAAGUCAGUGUCCCCGAAUUGUCGGGCACAAUGACAACCGUCCAAGAGAUGCCUGUCGAUUCUCCAACCAUUCCAGGCAGACCGCCCCUUCGCAGGCCCUCGUAUGAGGCUUUCGGCCAUGAGAGAUCCAACAGUGCCCCCGGCACAGCUUGGAGAACUGGCCCGUUCGGUGAUGCGAUGACCUCUUGCAUUACUGGACCUUCACCUGUUCUGACGCAGGGAACUACCCCUACUUUUACGCAAGCAUCACCUAGCAUGUCAAACCGACCACUGUCACCAAUCUUGAGCCCUGGUCUGAAGCCAAAUCUCAAAGUCACAACCAUCAAUCCCACGUUGCCACCGGAGGUACCGCCCAAGUCACCAAGCAUUGAACGCAAGACUUCACCAGCUCCUCUUAAGCUCAGCUCCAAGUCUAGCAAAUCUCAACUUACGACACCGGCAUCCGCAACCUCGGGCGGAGUCAGCCCUCUCAGUACAUAUGACGUCAGACGCUCACCGAAGACUGGGGCACUCUUGCACACUCCAUCAUCCGCACAGUUACACACAUUCCGGACAGCAUCGCCACGUAGUUCGCCAAGGACAGAGAAGCAAGACCCUAUCGCCACUGCAGGCUCACAUAACCGGAAUAUGUCAGAAUCUUCGAUCAUGGACCGUGGUCGCCCAACACAGCGUACCAAGAGAUCUCACAGUCGAACUUGCUCAGAAUCUACUGGUCCUACUGUCCCGGCUGCCGACAACUGGUCUCUUCCUCAAGGCAUGCGCGUGCCUGAGGCAUCGAGACGUAUGAAUAGUGUUGAUCAGCAGUCACUCCACAAGCAAGCAUACGAGCAGGCUGGGAACUUUGAAGUACUGAACAAAUCAGACGUUGCCUCUCUAUCAAGAGAGCUUCGUGCACUCGAUGAACGCUGUGACUAUCUCCGCAAGACUUAUAAGUCUCUACGAGCUGGACGUCAGAAGCUUCACAGCCGCAUGAUUUCAUACCUGAAGCGCGGGGAAACCAACAUCUUCUCGCGCGAAUCUCUUCUCAAGCAGGAGGAGGCCCUCGCAGAAUUGGACAACUCCAUUGACGAAUUCAUCGCCAAGUUAGAGCAGUCUGAGAACCGACGCUUACGGCUUCGUCAGAAGCUGCUCGAGCACGUAGCUGCUGCCUUGGUGCUCACACCGACAGUCCGCGCUGACGCUGCGGAGAGUACACCUCCACGAAGUCCUGUGAAGGCAGAGGACAGUCCUUCGCGUACCGAAAGAAAGGACACAGAGUCGAUCAGGAUCUACGCUGACGGCCACGUUCUCAACCUAUUCUCCGAUAUCGAGAAAGCAAUCGGCCAGAUGUGCGAGCAACCAUGCUGA